CCCCUACAUUCCAACUUCUUGUACUAUACAUACCAUAAGCACCUAGUUACACAACAAAAAUAAACAUGGGGUUCACUAAACUUCUAUUAUAUCUGAUUGUCACCACUUUGCUCAGUUCACUCUCAAGGUUCCAAUCCUCCAAAUCUAACAUUUCCACUUUUCAUGCUUUUGCCUUUGCUGCCAUCACUGCCUAUGAAGAUGUAGAAAAUCAAGACAACGAAGCAAGUGCUCUACUAGCGUGGAAAUCCAGCCUUAACAACCAAAGUCAAGGUUCUCUGUCAUCUUGGACCACUAGCACUAGUCUUUGCGAGUGGGAAGGAAUCUCUUGUGAUGAAUCCAAUUCUGUGACCACCAUAAAUGUUGCAAAUUUUGGACUAAAAGGUACUCUUCUCAGUUUUAACUUUUCAUCCUUCCCUAGGCUACUUUCUCUGGAUGUUAGUAACAACAGUCUUAAUGGAACUAUUCCUCAGCAAAUUGCUAACUUGUCAAGAAUUUCUCAAUUGAAAAUGGAUGGCAAUAAACUUUCUGGAUUCAUUCCUGAGGAGAUUGGAGAGUUGAUGAACUUGAAGCAUCUUUUCCUUGGAUCAAAUCAACUUUCUGGUACCAUUCCCCCAACAAUUGGAAUGUUGAAGAAUCUUGUUGAACUUGAUUUGUCAGUUAACUCUAUCUCUGGAACAAUUCCUUCAUUUAGAAACUUCACAAAUUUAGAACAACUUCAGCUCUCAAACAACAGUCUCUCGGGCCCCAUUCCUGAGGAAUUGGGAAAACUCUAUACUCUAACAACGAUCAGGUUGUCAUACAAUAACUUGUCUGGGAGAAUCCCAGCCUCCAUUGGAGACCUAGUUAAUUUGGUUAUGUUUGAAAUUGAACAUAAUGCCAUUUUUGGAUCAAUUCCUUAUGGCAUUGGAAACUUGACCAAGUUGGUCAAUAUGUCAAUUGCCUAUAACAUGAUUUCUGGAUCAAUUCCCAUCUCCAUGGGAAACUUGGUCAAUCUACACGCACUUCAUCUUUCAGUGAACAACAUUUCAGGAGUUAUUCCUCCCACCUUUGCAAAUUUGACAAAGCUAGUCUACUUUUUAGUGUUUGAGAACAAGCUUCAUGGUAGAUUACCCCCAGCACUAGAUAACUUCACCUAUAUCCAAAACUUUCAACUAUCUACUAAUAGUUUCACUGGCCCUUUGCCACAACAUAUUUGCCUUGGUGGGUCACUUAGGAAAUUUGCUGUUAACCAUAAUUAUUUCACUGGCCCAGUUCCCAGAAGCUUGAAGAAUUGUUCCAGCCUUAGUAGACUCAACCUUGCAGGGAACCAGUUGACAGGAAAUAUAACUGAUGACUUUGGUAUAUAUCCAAAUUUGUAUUUUGUUGAGCUGAGUAGCAAUAAUUUUUAUGGCCACAUUUCACCAAAUUGGGCAAAAUGUCCUAGUCUAAUUAGCCUUAGGAUGUCCAACAAUAAUUUAUCUGGUGGUAUACCUCUAGAACUUGGCCAGGCACCCAAGUUACAGACACUUGCACUGUCUUCAAAUAAUUUAACAGGGAAAAUCCCAAAAGAAAUUGGUAACUUGACCUCAUUAUUUUAUUUGUUAAUAAGCAACAAUAAGCUUUCUGGCAAUAUUCCCAUGGAAAUAGGAUCUUUGAAGGAUCUUACAAAUUUGGAGAUGGCAGCAAAUAAUUUAAGUGGACCAAUUCCAAAACAAAUUGGAGGGUUGCUCAAUUUAAAUUUUUUGAACUUGAGUAUGAAUAAAUUCACAGAAAGCAUUCCUUCUGAGUUUAACCAAUUGCAAUAUCUUCAAGAUCUUGAUCUUAGUUGGAAUUUGUUAAAUGGACAAAUACCAGUAACACUGGGAGAUUUGCAAAGAUUAGAAAAGCUUAACCUCUCGCACAAUAAUCUCUCGGGGACCAUUCCAUCUAGUUUUAAGGACAUGCUGAGCUUGACAAACGUUAACAUAUCUAGCAACCAAUUGGAGGGUUCAAUUCCUAAAAAUAUAGCCUUUCUUAAAGCUCCAUUUGAUGCAUUAAAAAAUAAUAAAGGGUUGUGUGGUAAUGCUUCUGGCUUGGUGCUUUGCCAAGAGUUGAGUCACAACCGUCAUGGUAAAAAGAAAAGUAGAGUCAUCAUAUUGGCGUUGUCCAUUACUUUGGGUGUUCUAUUGCUAGGAGUAUUCGUGGUUGGGUUUUCAUUAUGUAUUCAUUGUCAAAGAGCAAGAAAAACUAAAGAGGAUGCUAAAGAACAAAGUAAGGAUCAUUUCUCCAUAUGGAGUUAUGAUGGAAAAUUAGUGUAUGAAAGCAUCAUUGAAGCCACAGAGGGAUUUGAUGACGAAUAUCUCAUUGGAGAAGGAGGGUCUGCUUCUGUUUACAAGGCAAAAUUACCCACAGGACAGAUUGUUGCUGUGAAGAAACUAGAUGUUGCACUCAAUGGAGAAACACUCAAUUCUAAAGCUUUUACAAGUGAAGUUCGAGCCUUGACAGAAAUCAAACACCGUAACAUUGUAAAGUUAUAUGGAUUUUGUUCACAUUCACAAUUCUCCUUAUUGGUUUAUGAGCUCCUAGAAGGGGGAAGCUUGGAUAAAGUACUAAACAAUGAUACACAUGCAACUUUGUUUGAUUGGAAUAGGAGAGUGAAUGUUGUUAAAGGUGUUGCAAAUGCUUUGUACCAUAUGCAUCAUGGUUGCUCUCCCCCUAUAAUUCAUCGAGACAUAUCAAGCAAGAAUGUCCUUAUAGAUUUGGAAUAUGAAGCUCGCAUCUCAGACUUUGGAUCAGCUAAGAUUUUGAAUCCUGAUUCACACAAUUUAACCUCAUUUGCUGGUACUUACGGGUAUGCUGCACCAGAGCUUGCUUACACUAUGGAAGUGAAUGAGAAGUGUGAUGUGUUUAGUUUUGGUGUGCUUUGUUUGGAGAUAAUAAUGGGAAAUCAUCCUGGAGAUCUCAUUUCUUCAUUGUUCUCAUCCACUACAAUCACAAUAGCAUCUAACUUGCUGUUGAAGGAUGUGUUGGACCAACGACUACCUCAUCCAGUGAAGCCAGUUGUUGAAGAAGUGAUUUUGAUCGCAAAACUUGCAUUUGCUUGCUUAAGUGAAAGUCCACGUGUUCGCCCAACCAUGGAACAAGUGUAUAAUGAGUUUGUGAUGCCAAAGUCACCUUCAGUGGAUCCAUUUCCCAUGAUCACUCUUGGUCAACUCCUAAAUAAUUGAACCUGGUUUUGUUUGGUGGUGUAUGUAUCAUGUGCGUAUGGCUUUUCUUUUAUCAAUGUUUUUUGGGUGCGUGUUUUGCAUGUUUAAUUUCUUCGGUUCUUUUAGACCAGGAAAAUACUUCAAAGCUG